CACCCUUGUUACACAGGUACCCAAAGGGUAUAUAAGAACGUCAGCAAUGAAGUUCAGGUUAUCUACAUCGUCUCUAAAUCAUCUACUACUACUACAGCCACCGUUUAAUAUCAAAUCCUUAACUGAAAAGUCACCAACAAACCUGUCAACACUGAAAAAGCACUCAUCCAAGAUGCCUGCCGGAACAGACGAAUAUGAUAACCACCCUGCUGGUUCCAUCACCGAGCAGAUUGCCAAAGAUCCCAGCUCCAAGACAAACUCAACAGCGAGCAGCCACCCCGUUCACAACGACUCCGAGCCGCAUGGAGAUCCUGUUCAGAUCAGGCACCACCAAGCAAACCCAGGCCCCGCUAUCCCAAAAGACUUCCAGGUGCAACAAGAGGGGACGAAGGAGGACAGAGCGAAGAGAGCCGCUGAGCUGAACAAGAAGUAAAAUAGCAGCUUCUACUCAUUUGGAAGAACCGGAUUAAAGGCGUAGUUCACGACUUCGAACGACAAUGAAAAUGUUAUAAUAGCUGUAAGGGCGAGUUACGGGGACACGUUCGACGGAGGUGUGGCAUGGACAGGCUUGGAUUACUCUAUAGCUUGUAAUAUUGAAUCAAACCAACUUUUGCCCA